CCUUAUUACGUCUUCCACGGUUGACUGCAUAAAUAGUAUCAGUUCGGCUCGAAAUUACACCUAACAAGGCUAAACUUCAAGCUUCCGGGGUCUGUAUACUUUCCGUCAAGGUUGCGGCGCUUUUGACAGGCCCUUGAUAGCCACACGAUCCCUGCCGCGGCUCCGGCUGGCCACUACGGUGAGCGUGGAGCUCCCCUAAAUUGGCAACAUCAACGAACCAGCCUGUCCCUGCUCGCGCUCGUCUAAUACUCCGUAAUCCGUCCAUACUGUUUGUCGCCUUCUCCUGAACACGACACUCGUACUGGUUUAAUCAACAUCGCAACAAGAUAUCACAUACGACACUUUCACUCUGCAUCGAUCAGCACCGCUCGAUGGCUCUGUGUGACUGCUUAUCGACCCCGACGACGUCACAGAGAAGCUAGAUGGAGCCCGUGGUGUAUGAGGAGACUCCGUUCGCCGACUACCUCAGAGAUGGGGGAGAUGAGCCCCAGGCUGACUGGGCGCCCGGUGCAGUAACGCCCGAACUCGAUUCAUCCGCUGGUCGAUCAAGCCCAUCACCACCAUCCAGUCCAUCCCCUUUCGCACCCACUGGUCGACCUUUGGUUAAACCAAGAUUCCGGAAUAAGGCUCCGAAUGGGCUUCAUUUACAAGUUCCGAAGCCCUCCUCAUUGCGAUCUGCUAGCAGGAAAUAUUCAGCCGCGGUCGCAGCGAGUAUCGACCGAGCUGACAACGCCAAAUUUCUCGAACAAUUCCGAUAUACCAUCAUUGCGUCUCAGCUUUUAAGUGGCCAUUCGGGCCUGGGGCAGUCGCAGCUAGAUAACAGGGGACCUAGCCCGCCAAUGAACGAAGAUGAAUCCCUAUUGUCCACGGAAGGAAUUCUGGCAUCAGUUCUUGCCGCUCUUGCGGUUGCGGUUGUUCUGAGUUGGGUUCUUGGCAGUGGUGUUACCAAGAAGAGGCUGGUCUUUCUUCUCAUGCUUUGCGCAGCGGCCGUCCUGCUUGGCCAGGUUUACAUGAAACGACAAUGGCUCCGGUAUCGAAGAUCGCAAUCGCUGUCUGAAAUCACUUCUUUCGUCGAAAACUCACACAACUUUGACAGUGCGUCAGGUGCAGCUAUCUCUCUCAUACAAGAAGUCGAGUUGGUGUCUCGAGGUUACAGACUCAGCGCUCCCCUGCCACCAAUCAGCCGUAUAGAAGACCGUACCCAAACCCGGCGUUGUGUCAGACUGCGCAAAGCCCUGAGACAUUCUUUUCAAGAGGUUCUUGAUUCUUACAACCAGGUUUGUACAGUUGUCAACGGAUUUGCGGAGCAAACAGACCUGGAAAAAUAUUACGAUAUAUACGACAUUACCGACUUCGACAUGUCAGACGCCCGUCAAGGACUAAGCGAUGAGGAUUUGGACGAUCCUGAAUCCUUGAGGACCCUCAAAAUUCUGGCUGCUCGAUUCUCCACCAUACGGAAACUAUUCCUUUGCGCCCUACUUGCUCUGGAUGCCAACAGUGAUGCAAAUGAUUUGCUUCGUUGGACAACGGCCGUAGAGUCUCUUUUGAGCGUCAACAGCUCAACUCAAACUGCUCAUGCUAGGCUACAGAGCAUUCUCAGCGAGCAAGAUACUUUUCCAUCUUCCCCUACGCCAAAGAAUGCCCUUACGCCUGGACGGGAGCGCUGGAGAGCUCAACUUCGGAAACUUAACUCACUAUCGAGCGGAAUCAGGGGCCUACAGGCGAAGCUGCAACUGCUUCGUGAAGAAUCUGACAGAACUCUGAACGACUCGAACGACAUCUCGGAGCUCGGACCGAAUCUAAUGGCGCAAUAUGAGUCCAUCGGCAUGGAUCUGAAAGACCUGAUGGCCGCGUGGGAAGAGGGCAGGGCUGCUUUGGCACUCGGCAUCGAUAGAAACGAGAAGAGGCUUUCAUCCAUGAGUACUCUGCUGUCGCCUGUUAGUUCUCUUAGUGGACUUACUACUGUAGACGAGAACGGUGGGGCUGCUGCAGCUCUCAAAGCAUUGACAGGCGAGUCUCCGCCUAGUUCUGAGUAUGCUGGUUCCACGGAACAGGAGGCACCCGAAGUUUUUGAAGCCGUUGCUCUCCCGCGACCACGAAGCAUGCUCACUCGAGAAGAAAGAAUAGUCAAGGUUCGGGAGGAACGAGAACAAAAGGCUCUUGCCCGACAGCACGUUGAUGCAACCAAGGGUAUGCUUCGGGAGCUAGAGACAGUUAUUAACCUACGACCUCGAACUCGUGCCAGCGCACCAGCAGGUCGGAUUGUGUCAAUGUAGGGAUAUCGGUUUUAUGAAACAAACAUCACGAUCAUUAUCUUCAACACUUUUCAAUCGCCUUCUCCCGCCUUCACCAAGUACAAAACAAUCGUCUGAAUCGACACCGAACCGUUUUUUUAUUCUUGCUAUCGACUUAUGAAAAAUUCACAUUCGAGCUCCACAGACAGAUAAAUAUGUCAAGCACAGGUAGCGUCACGACGACACGCACAAUUCUCUAUAAACGACACUAUUCUAUAGACAAGCCAUGGAUGGCUGCGGCGUUUCAGGUUCAGGGUUGGGGAUCUUGGUUUUGUAUUAUUUGCCCACUAUCAUCAUUCUAGGCGAUCAGGUUUUGGACGACAUAGAAUCACACACCAAUGUGCCCUUAUGGAAGAUAGCCGCAAGACAUAUGCGCUACAAGCCGGUCUUCUGGGAAAUCAUUCGGUCUUGUUUACCGAUCUAUUUCGUUCAAUGUAAAUGAUGAAGGGAGAACUUAUUCUUGGUAACAUAUGUAUGAUAGCUACCUAAGUAGGUACUUAAUUACCGUACACAUAACAGGUCAUUGGACAAUCCUUAUGGACAACUUUGGCACCAUUUCUCUCUAUCGGUCAUUGGUGCCUUGAGGUAACAAUAAUUAGGUACCGGUACCUACUCACCUAGUA